AUGUCUACCUUCCAAGCAGUCAACACCACAUUAUCGGUCCCAGAUGCGCCACAGGGCCGCCCGGGUGACGAGACGACGCCGACUACUCCUCGACCGAACAGCAGGUUCUUUGCUGAAUCGAAAGCGACCGAAGAGAUCCGUGCUGAAGAUCCAUCGGCUAAGACGCCCACACGCAACACCUUUGCGGGACUUGUUGGCCAGCGACCACUGCCUUCGUCGCCGUUUACACCUGGCCGCGAGCUGAGCGAGACACCUUCAGCUUCGAACAAGAGCGAACAGAGUAGAGAGGACUCGCAUAGGCCAACAACUUCGGGACAGGAUGUGCAUAUGGGUGAUGGCGAUGAAGAUGAGAAGGAUGGAUCGGAUAACGAUAGCGUAACCAGCGAUUCGAACCGGCCGUCUAAAAAGAAGAAGGGACAACGCUUCUUCUGCACGGACUUUCCGCCUUGCAAUCUAAGCUUCACAAGGAGUGAGCAUCUGGCGCGACACAUUCGUAAGCAUACUGGGGAAAGACCCUUCCAAUGUCACUGUUCCCGGCGAUUCUCGCGGCUCGACAAUCUCCGACAACAUGCCCAAACAGUUCAUGUCAACGAAGACAUACCUUCGGAAUCGCUAGCUGCGACAGGCACGAGGUUCCAAAGGCAGAUCCGGACUGACAGAGUAAGACCACCCGGAAACCGAUCUCGAGCGAACACACUAGGCAGUACAGGUGGUCACAGUAGGGGCCACAGCAGAAACCUCUCAGCUUCCAGCAUAAUCUCUACCGCCUCGACUAUGAGUGUGGCGCCUUCUCCCGAUAUUCGGCGGAGGCCACCACCUUUGGCCAUGGCUAGUGAUGGCGGUGCUAGUGCUAGGGCUCGUUUGUCGCUCAACACAAUGCAAGUGAAUGCGUACGACCCACCGAUGAUGGGGAGCCCCGGACCGGUUGAAUAUGACACGCAAUCCAACGCGCCUACAACGCCCACAUCCGCUACCUUCUCGACAGUUACUGGUAGCCCUGCUCGCUUCGGGUCCACUAUACAAUCUCCCAUUUCGUCUUCGUCAAGACCAGUCUCAUGGGCCGGGCCACCUCUUCCAGGACGUCGAGAGUCCAUCUCGUCUAGUGGUAAUCCUUUCUCUGGCCCACCAGGACAGGGUCCACCUACGUAUAUCACACCUCUCCAGUCGACUGCCGCACCCGGCUACUCAGCACAAAGUAGCGCAUAUGCAAGCCCUACAGCAUCUCAGUUUUCAGAGUCAAGGAGAGAUUCAAACGCAGAUGCGGACUGGAGGCGACGUACUUGGCAUCCAGGAACUUACUCUGGCCACACUGGUCCUCGUCCAGCGACUAGUGGACUUGGAUAUCACCAGACUCCCGACGACUCCCGACCCCUCUACACCUCGAUGCCCGCCGCUUCUCAGACUACGAGACUUCCCGGUAUCGAGAGUUUCGACCAUGCACCCCCUCCACUUCCGCUUCCUCGACGCCAGCCAAGUCCAAUGCAAGUAGACGCCCCAGCUCGCCCACUUACAUAUCAUGCGCCGAUGGAGCACCCGCCUCACAGGGGUCAUCAUAAGCGAACUAGUAUCUCUUGGGAGAUUGACCGUCUUAACAUUGCUGGCCCAAGUUCUCAGAGAGAACAAUGGUCACAGCCAUAUCCUGGCAGUACCGGACGAGCGAAUGCUACACGCCCUACGACAGCUCAUGGAUACUUUAGUCGGCAACCUUCUAACGUUCAGCCAAUUCAGAUCCCUUCCAUUGGCGCUUCGCCAAGGACCUCGCAGGAACAGCCUACGACGCCCAGAAAGAACAAGCGCCAAGCCUGGUACAACGGACCUGUCAGUCAACCACAACGAGCUAUGCAGAGAACGUCCCCUGAAGAUUCUAGCAGUAGCGAAGGUGUUCCCACGCCAGGGACUAUUUUUGAGCAUCACCCUAGCAUUGUAGGCAGCAAUGGAUACGUUGAAACGCCAGUCGUCGAAGAUUACAAGUCGCAAGCAUCAAUCAUGGAAAGGCCGCAUCCAUUACAAUCGCAACCGCACCAUUAUCAUAGCCACAGCCUCUCCAACUCGAGCUCAAGCUAUCGUCCGCAACGAGAACGAGAACCCGAGCGGGGACCCGCUUUCGGUCAUCCGCUACCGCAGCAGACCGCCAACACUGACAUGAGACGCUUGGAAGCGCUUGUGGCCGUGGCCACUGGCGAGCAGCAAGCCGUGGAAAACCGUUAG